GUUAGAAAACUGAACUCGAAGGAAGAUCAUUCUUCAGCUGUGUUCUUCAGAGAUACAAAACUUAUAAACCAUUUUGCGUAAGUACAGUUGGUGCAUUUAUUUUCAGUAAUUUUAGCCUUUUUUUCAAUAAUUAACAAUACUUAAAUAUGGAUGACGAAGCUGAAACUUACAAACUCUGGCGAAUUCGAAAAACUGUAAUGCAGUUAUGCCACGAUAGAGGCUAUCUAGUAACUCAAGAUGAAUUAGAUCAAACACUGGAACAGUUCAAGGAACAUUUUGGAGAUAAACCCAGUGAAAAAAGGCCUUCUAGAAGUGAUUUAAUUGUAUUAGUAGCCCAUAAUGAUGAUCCCACAGAUCAGAUGUUUGUUUUUUUCCCUGACGAACCUAAAAUCGGUAUUAAGACUAUAAAAACUUAUUGUCAAAGAAUGCAGGAUGAAAACAUACAUCGAGCAAUAAUAGUAGUUCAGGCUGGUAUGACACCUUCAGCUAAGCAGUCCUUAGUUGACAUGGCACCCAAAUAUAUCUUGGAACAGUUUUUAGAAUCGGAAUUGUUAAUUAAUAUUACUGAGCAUGAAUUGGUUCCAGAGCAUGUUGUGAUGAACAUGGAAGAAAAACAAGAACUUUUGGCAAGAUACAAACUAAAAGAGAAUAUGCUUAUGAGAAUUCAAGCUGGUGAUCCUGUUGCUAGAUAUUUUGGAUUGAAAAGAGGACAGGUGGUCAAGAUCAUUAGGCCUUCCGAAACAGCUGGACGGUACAUUUCUUAUCGUUUGGUGUGUUAGAUUAAUAAGAACUUUUGUAUUAUAUAAAUUAUUAAAUAAAAAUAUAUGUAUUUUUUGCUA